AUUUUACUGAUUUUUUGUUCUUAGCGUCAAAAGUUCUUUAGACUUCAGUUGAAAAAUGUUUUUACUUAUAAAAAUAUUAUCAGAAUUGUCUUAAAUUCAAGUAAGUCAACCUGUGACUUAAGGACUUAAGUUUUGGUUAUAAAAGUCCACGCAAAAUGGUAAAGAAAAUUAGAAAAAAAAGACCCAAAGAAAUCCAUAAUGCUAAGGUUCUAAAUAUGGAUGAAAAGGUUGGCAUAUUAGAACCUAAACGUGCACGUUUCAACGAGGAAUUGAAAAUAGAUCCCUCUAAGUUCGCUCAAAAUGCGCAUGAAUCGGUUCAACCUUGUAUAGAAACUUCAGCACAAACUUUAAACUUUAAUGAAAUAAAUGCAAAAUUAAGUGGAUUAUAUGAAGCUGAAAAUACAGACGCUUCACAAUCGGAAAUCGCUCUUUUCAAAAACAAAAGUCAAAAGUCUUACGAAUUAAAAUUAAAAUCUCAAAACCAACUUUCUGCAAACAAUUUAGAUAUUAAAAGUGUUAAUGAUUCUGCGCAUGCUGCUGGGAAUGUUGGUUCAAACAAUAUUGAAUCUUUUUUCAAUACAUCUCUAAACGGUUCUGUGCUACCCUCAGAUACUAUGUGCCCCAACGAAAAUGACGCAAAGAAGAAUACAAGCCUCGCAACUGGUUAUAAAUUGCGAUCACAUAAUAAGAUAUAUAAAUACACUAACAAUGAUAGCACAAUGAAGAAUAAAAGUCUUCCAAUUCGUUUUAACUUGUCUUUGGAUCGCAAAGUAAAUGCAACAACUUAUGUAGAAGAUACUCCUAGCUGCGCAACAUCUUCCAUUAUUUCAAAUAACAACAAUGAUUUGGUAAAUCUUAAAGGGAGCAGUUUUAGUUCACCUCUUGCUGAAUUAAACAUUUCUUCGAAUCAUUCCGAAAAUCAACGAGGCAACGUAUCAUACUCAAGUGCCCUAUACAAUAAUUCUAGUACAUUCACAGGAAUGCCAACUGGGAAUAAUUCUUUUAUUGACUAUUUAGAAAGAAUAUCAAACUCUUCAACUAUACAACAUGAGCCAACACGAAUCAAAAAUUUACUAUGUCCACCUCUUUCUCCAUCUGGAAAUAAUCAAGUUCAACAGAACUUACCAUCAAAUAGUGUAAUAACUGAAUCAUCUCCAAGUAUUCAAGAGGCUCAGGAACUAAUGUCCUUGAUUGUGUUAAAUGUACCGAUAAAAGAAAAUUUUCUUUGUAAGUUUUGUGAUCUCGCCUUUAGUAUUGAAGCGGAGUGUAAACAACAUGAAAAUACUCAUGACAGAAAUAAGCCAUAUGGCUGCCAGUUUUGUACAUUAAUCUGGAGAAAUCGUAGAGAUCUUAUUGAGCACAUUAAAAAUAAUCAUUCGAAAUUAAAAGCAAAUAUAUGUCCGCUCUGUAAAAAGGGAUUUAAUCGUCAUUCAGAUCUGAAGAAACACACUGUGAUACAUACAGGUGUGCGCCCUUAUACUUGUGGUUUAUGCAGAAAAACAUUUUCACGAGACUUUAAUUUACAAAAACACUUUCUACUACACACUGGACAACAUCCAUUUGUAUGUCCAUAUUGUCCGAAGUGCUUCUCCAAUUCUACUAAACUGAUACAACACAUACAAUUUCAUAGUGCUAAAAACUUGUUUGAGUGCAAAAUAUGUAAUGUAUCAUUUUCACAGCAGAAAAAGUUUAUAAUCCAUCAACAAAUCCAUGGAGAUUCGGAUGUAGAAAACAACAAAACAGAUGUCCACUCUGUUGCAAAUACUAGCAGUAAUGCCUCGACUUCAGUGUCAGUUGACAAGUCGGUUUAUGCUCUGAAAAGUUUUUAUAAGGAAAUUAAUGUUCCAGUUCUUCAAAAUUUGGAUACCAGUGACUAUCUUAAAAAACACUCACAGAUUGAUUCAGAUGGAUUUCUCUCUUGUAAUAAAUGUGGCAUGACUUACAAAUGUUCGAAGAAACUUGUACGACAUAUAAUAGAUCGCCAUGGUGAUGCAAAUUCAUUAGCAUUUUUAAAAUGUGGUGAAACUUUCUAUGAAGAUCCAUCACCCGAAAGUAUACUAACUUUCGUUGUAACACAUCCAAAUCUGUCCAUAAAAGAACUUUGCAUGCAUUUUAAUAUAACGGAAGAAGAAGCUUCUGAGAAUAUAAUGACAUAUAAUCCAUAGAAUAACCAUAUAAAGAAUACAGUUUUGGAUAACAACAAUAUGAUCGGUUUGGAAUCUAUCUAUUCAUAAUAUAUGAUAACAUAAUAUUCAUAUAAUUCAUAAUAUAUGAUAAUAUUUGAAUAUAUACAAUUUUAAGUCACUUUUACUCUCACUUGAUAGUGUCAAAUGUAGCUCCCAAUAACUUUAGACUACAAAACUGUGACAUAUCAAUUCACGGCUAAACACAUCAAAAAAGUGACAAGAAAUAUCCAUUAAGAAGUUUAUUAUUAUCGAAAAAAGUUUUUUUGAAAUUGAUUGUAAAUUUAUAGAAAUUAAUAAAAGAACCACUAAGGGAAUAAAUUUUAAUUUAGACAUGCACUCGCUGAACAGGACGUCAGCAAUUUCAAGGAAGUUUAAACAUAGCUCGACGAAUGAUUUGCCGCUAAAGACAAGACGUUUUUCUAGCAUGGUAUUCAUAAAUUGCAAGAAAAUUGAUAAAAUAUGUAGAAACCGA